CCUCCCCCCUCCACACUUCUCAACCCUUUGCCCCGUCCGUCACACCUCCUUCGUGGCCCGCUCCAAUCUUCCAUGCACUGUGGUUCUGCUGUUUUGCGGUGAAAGAGGAAAUGUCUCAUAAAUAACUCCGCGCUUGUUAGACUUUUCUUCUCUUUUUUCCUCCCGCCCUCUUGUUUUCGUUGCAUGUACUCGUGUUUACGUGUGUAGAGAGGUGGGUGGCGGGGGUUGCUAUUCGAAAGAUGGCGCCCGUUGUUACGGGGAAGUUCGAUGAGCCAAACCCACCUCAGCAUCUAACAAGGGAAGCUAUGAGGAGUUAUCUGAAGGAAAAAGAAGAUCAGACGGUGCUCAUACUGCAUGCAAAAGUGGCGCAGAAAUCAUACGGAAAUGAAAAAAGGUUUUUCUGUCCUCCACCGUGUGUGUAUCUGAUGGGGGCUGGCUGGAAGAAAAAGUUGGAAAAAAUGGCAAACGACGGUUGCACGGAGCAGGAAGCGCAACCUUUUGCAUUUAUUGGGAUUGGCAACAGCGUUCUAGACAUGCAACAACUUCACCUAGAGGGAAAGCACUUCUGCAUGGCUAAGACUCUGUACAUCAGCGACUCCGACAAAAGGAAACACUUCAUGCUGUCGGUUAAGAUGCUGUAUGGAACCAGUUCAAACAUCGGCGUUUUCCUCAGUAAACGGAUCAAAGUCAUCUCCAAGCCCUCCAAGAAGAAACAGUCUUUAAAAAACACAGACUUGUGUAUAGCAUCUGGAACCAAGGUGGCCCUGUUUAACCGCCUACGCUCACAGACUGUAAGCACCAGAUACCUCCAUGUGGAAGGGGGGAACUUCUGUGCCAGCUCCCAGCAGUGGGGGGCGUUCUACAUACACCUCUUGGAGGACGAUGAGUCAGAAGGGGAGGAGUUUGCUGUGAGGGAUGGAUACAUUCACUACGGCAAGACGGUGAAACUGGUGUGUUCAAUAACUGGCAUGGCGCUGCCCAGACUGGUCAUUCGUAAGGUGGACAAGCAAGCAGCCUUGUUGAAUGCGGAUGACCCGGUGUCCCAGCUUCACAAGUGCGCCUUCUACCUAAAAGACACAGACAGAAUGUAUCUGUGUCUUUCACAGGAGCGGAUCAUCCAAUUCCAGGCGGCACCGUGUUCCAAAGAAGCUAACAAGGAGCUGGUCAGCGACGGGGCUUCCUGGACCAUCAUUAGCACCGACAAGGCGGAAUACACCUUCUGUGAGGGCAUGGGGCCUGUGCAAACACCCGUCACACCCGUCCCUGUGGUAGAAACUUUGCAGUUGAAUGGUGGAGGAGACGUGGCCAUGCUGGAGCUGACGGGACACAACUUCACACCGACUCUCAGAGUGUGGUUUGGAGAUGUAGAGGCCGACACCAUGUACAGGUGUGGAGAAAGCAUCCUGUGCGUGGUGCCGGACAUCUCUUCUUUCAGGGAAGGCUGGCGCUGGGUGCGACAGCCCGUCCAGGUCCCGGUCACGUUGGUCCGCAAUGAUGGGAUCAUCUAUUCCACAGCCCUGACCUUCACCUACACGCCUGAGCCCGGACCCCAGCCUCACUGCAGCGCUGCGGGGGCUAUUCUCCGCUCACACAGCACCUCUUCAUCAUCGCCUUCAUCUCUGCUGCGUUGGCCUCAGGGAUGCUCGCGGGCCCUGAAGCAGUAAAGACUGAAAUAAGCUGUCAUCAUUUCCUCCAAAGGGGCUGACGGACCUGUGAUUUUAAGAGCUCUUUUUUUCAGAGCAACUCCAAUCAGGACCAGCGCUGAGGAGCAGAGACACGUGAAAGCUGACGCUGUGUUGUAGCGCCCUCUGGUGGGGUGUGCUAUACAUUUUAUAAGAGGAUUUUUUUCUUCUGUUUUUCAAAGGUAAAUGUACAGUUUUAGCUGUUACAACAGAAAAGUACCUACAGUUUUGCUGACUUUUGUUAAUUUUGCUAAAAAUUUACUUCACUUUUGUGGACAAUAGAAAUGAUCCAGUUAAAACAGUGUUGAGAGAGAGAGGGAGCAUUUUUAUUUCAUUCAUAUUUGAUCUGAAAGGAUUUUGCUGAAGUAGCCAAAUCUAUUCUCACUAAAUAGUUUUUCCUUAUUAAGUGCCACAUUUGAACCACUUUUUUUAUCAGAUUAUGUGUAACCUGUGGUCUUCAGUUAAAUUCUUGGUGUGGCAAUAAAAAACAACAGGAUUUAUGGGCCACUUCAUGAAAUGAACACAUUUGUUUUUGUAUAGUUAACAAGUUUGAUCUGUGGGAACACCUACUCGUCUGUACCUUUUUCUAUGUGUUUAGUUUAAACCACCGGGAAACAUGAGAAUAGAGUUGCAAAAUUAAAAAAGUCUAAAUUGAGUGCCUAUGGAAUCCUAAAAUAUGAGAAAAAAGUGAGUCCUACGAGAAUAGUCGUACAAUCAUUGUACACUUUUGCCUUAUAGCAUCUCCUAUCCUAUUACUCCUUAAAGCAAUGUUUUAUAAUUAUAAAAUUAUUAUUUUUUUAUGUCUAAAGGUUGUGUUUGUGGACCAUCUGUGACCAAUGCAAAUCCUAAAGGUGGAACUAGCUUGGAAAUGUAAACAAACCUUGUUUUCUAGAUCUGCCAGGACUAGUUGUUGUCAUUUUCCUGUCGUUGUACAGCACAGCUGAUAUUUUCAGUAAUGCAAAUGGGUUGUUUUCAUAUUUGAUCAUUUGACAUUUAACGCUCCCUUUCAGCAGUUGAAGGUCCAAAAUGCUAAGCUAUAUUCCAACACAUGGCUUAAUGUUUUGUAGUUAUAUAUAAGUAUUCUUUUUAUUGCAUGAGCCAUCUUCAAAAAGCUUUUCUACACUGCACCCCAGUGGUCAGCCCAUGAAACUGCAGCCUUGUUUUUCUCCCCUCACAUUCUCAAGCGGGCCAAGCUUUGAUGUUGUGCUCAUCAGUGUGUCCCUGAAAGGUAUGAUGGGAGUUUGUGCCGGCCUGAGGUCAACUGUGAGCAGGAAUGAGCCCACCGUGCCAUCACUCUGGCAGCUUAACAGCUCUCAUGUUUAUGGGUCAAAUGCCCUUCCUCCUCUGGUGUAGUUUGUCUGUUGGUGCUCUCUCCAGAAAUAGCAUUCGUAAAGAAAGAUUAUGUUUCCUUGGGGGGUCUGUGGAAACAUUUUUCCAGAUUUUUAGUGGGAGAACAACAUUUUUUUAAUAAUUUUUUUUAUACAUGCUCAUUUGGGAAACAGUUACAUUGCAGCUUUGACCUUCCAAGAAACUGUUGCUCUUUGAUUAACUGAAGAGAAACAGCAGAGGUGUAUCAAAAGCUGACACUGUGAGAAACAGAUGCUCUAACACCAGGUCUUUGUGCUUCUUAUCUUUUCCUGGACUCCUACCUACAAACAAUAACCUUCACUUUUAUGACCAAAUGUUUUUAGCAGAAUGUGAACAAGUUAUAUAAAGUUGUACAAUUAAAAGCAUAAACAUUUCAACACUU